AUGAAUUUCUUCCGCAAGGUUUUUGGAUGCAAGGAAAAAGAUAUAAAAAGGCCGUCACCUUCAACUGAAAUAAUUGAUGCGUUGCAAAAAUUACAAUCUACUGAACAGUUAUUAAGAGAAAAACGUGAAGUAUUGGAAAAAAAUAUUAAAAAAGAGCAAGCUACGGUAAAAAAGAAUGUCAUAAAAAAUAAGCAAGUUGCAUUGAAUGCAUUAAAUCGUAAGAAAUGUUAUGAGCAGCAGUUAUCCCGGAAUGACAGUAUGUUAUCAACUGUUAUAAAACAACAGUCAUCCUUGGACAUCGCAAACACGAAAGACAUUGUGGUUGAUGUAUUGAGUUCAACUUCAUCCGCUGUUAAAAAGGCUAAGCAAAAUGUAAACAUAGAUGGUAUUCAUAAUAUGAUUGAUGAUAUAAUAACUUCACAAGAAUUUUCUCAAGAAAUAUCAGAAGCAAUUUGUAAUCCAACUAGAUUAGAAACCGAUGAAGAUGAAGAAAAAUUACAAAAGGAAUUAGAAAAUCUUAAAUUAGCAAACGACGAACAAGUAAUGAAUAUUGAUCCACUGUUAACUACAAAUUAUCCAAUGUUAGCUGUGCCCACAUUUGUAUCAAACGGACAAAAAAAAAAAAAUAUUACCAGACAAAAGAAUUCCAUGAUGACAUAA